AUGUAUAGAUCAUUGAGUACUACUCGUGUCCCAGACAAUUAUAAUUUCACGAGUUAUUAUUCAUCGUCUUCUAAUUCAUCAUCCUCAUUAACAAAGGUGUCUCCGGCGCUACGAGCAUUGUCUUUAGAAGCUAGUGAAUUAUUACCAAUACAUGAACCACUCUCUGAUAUUUCAAAAAAGGAAAAAUCUCAUGCAAAAUUUGCAGAAAAUGCUGUUCAUAUAAUACCUUUUGUGUUAUUAUUGUGUGGAUUUAUCCUAUGGUCUUUUUCUAAUCCAGAUAUUGAUGCAUCAAUAUUGAAAGGGGAAGGAAUUGCUACAAGAAUAGAAGGAUUGACCAUAGAGGGAGAUCUCGAUCCUGAUGGAACGCAUGUUACUAAUUUACCCCUAGAAUCGAGGGACCGCGAUUUGAUAAAACAAGGGCAAAGUCGUCAAAAGUCCUAUACAGAAAAAUGAUUUUGUUUUCUUUUC